UGUUGAUCCAAUCACUUCGAAACACUAUGGCCAAGAACUUCUCCGUGGCGUGGCUUUCCCAAAGCUCCCACUCCUCCACCAGUCAACAGGACAAACCUUUCAGCUUAGAUGGUCCCCAAUCACAUCUCCAGUCACAGGGGUCUUGCCUUGUGACUUCACAAACUCAGACAUUAUGUGUUGAGUAUAAAGAAGAAAUUAAGCUUCUUCAUAAUUUGGACCACGGAGUGAAAGGCAUCAAGAUCGAUACACCAUCUUCUCCUACCAACAGUUGCGGCUACACGUCUGGAUCUGAGAGUGAUGUUUGCGAUGACAGCGAAGGUGAAACGGGUCCGAACCGCCGAGUCAGAACUAAAUUCACCACCUACCAAAUUUCACGACUGGAGAAGACUUUCAACAAGCACAAAUACCUUGGUGCAACCCAGAGAAAGAAGAUAGCAGAAAAACUACAUCUUUCUGAAACUCAGGUGAAAACAUGGUUUCAGAACAGAAGAAUGAAGCUCAAACGUGAAGUACAGGAUUCACGUGUUGAAUAUUUCUCUCCAGCUAUGAUGACAUCUCCUUUGAUCUUCCCAGCCUCUCCUUCAUUUCAGCACCACCAUCUGAAUGGACAGCGCCCAUCUCUCCAGCUCUACCAUCAACAGCUCCAGCAACAGCUCCAUCACCAGCAACGAGUCAGACUACUGGCCCAGCAGCCAGCCAUUCACCCCACACUGCUGCUCAAAUCGUCCUACUACUAACUACAGGCUUUUCUACACGCUUUACUUCUCAUUAAGUAAAAUGACUUAAUUCUAGUCAUGCAUGCCCAACCUGCUCUAACAGUUUCGAGUUUUUCCAGUACCUGAACGACAUCAUUUGAUAAAAUCCAAGCUUUUCUCAGGCUGAAACAGGCGUGUUAGAGAAGAAGAAAUAUAAAGCUGUGCACUGCAUGUAGAUUUCAGGUAGAGCUGAUGUAGAAUUUAUGGUUUUAAAAAAAUGUUAAUUUGUUUAUUAAUAUAAUCAUGUAAGUUAAGCACUGUAUGUAUGUAUAUAAAUAAGACAGAUGUUCCUUUAUGUGAAAAUAAAAUAUAUAUGUUUAAAUAUGA